AUGUGUCUGGAAGCAACAUCACGUUUUGGAUUUCAUGCGAGCGAAGCAUCCUCUGGAUCAUCUUGCAGAGCCAAGAGGAUGCAAUAACCGUCACAUAUUGAACAGCGCCCGCUUGUCACGCCAAGAAGGUGCACGGCACGUAAAUGGCCUCGUCAGAAUCGGCACGGAAUAAAUACAUUAAUAAAAGCACCGUUAAAAGUUCCACGUCGGCUUUCCUCGAUUCUUUCAGCAUCAAGAGCACCCACAAAUGAAGACUGUACAUAAAAGGCCACCACCGCAUCAGCUUAUGCGACAGCGGAACAUGUAUGAGCAAGUGAGACGACGGAGCACACACAUGAAAUGAAGGUGCCCUGGGGGACAAUGAGAGGGAGGGAAGGUGUAGUGUAUUAAUUUUUUUGGCCACUUAAUUUUGUCCACCAACACAGUCGCAUACUAGCGCGAGCUUUUUGGCGGCCAUCUUGCACCUUCAAAAUCCGUCACAACGACUUACAAAAACAUUCGCCAGCGAGGGAAAAUCGCACCGAUUUGGAGCGUUGGCGAGCACCCGACAACCGUUUUUUGUCGUGCGGGGCAGUGAAGUGAAAUUGGUUUGACAACGCAGAGAAGAAAAACAACAUCAAAACAAUAACACACCUAGCGCACGUUCGAUAGUAGCUAACGUAACAGUGAUUUUAAUACAAGAACUCAUAAAUAGCCGUACUAUGAGAUUUUUGGCCGGAGUUCGAGUGCCGCAGAUCAAUGGGAAAAGAUUCAAUUCGAGCUCAAUGUUUGUGCCAGCCCACGAACCGGCACACGAGAGCGAUUGUCGCCGGUUGGAAAAGUUCCUGGAAGACAAACCGCACAUUCUCGUCCUGACCGGUGCUGGCAUAUCGACCGAAUCGGGCAUUCCCGACUACCGAUCGGAGGGCGUAGGUUUGUAUGCCCGCUCCAACCACAAACCAAUACAGCAUGGCGAUUUCGUCAAAUCGGAAGCCACCCGGAAACGCUACUGGGCCCGGAACUAUGUCGGUUGGCCAAGGUUUUCCUCGAUUGCACCUAACGUUACGCACUACACCCUCGCGCGCCUGGAGCGCGAGGCACGGAUAAGCGGAAUAGUGACGCAAAAUGUGGACCGGCUGCACGGGAAGGCCGGUUCGAAGCAGGUGAUCGAACUGCACGGCAGCGGAUUCGAUGUGAUCUGCAUCGGAAGCCAGGACGAGCGGGGCAAGGGCUGCAACUAUCGUAUCGAUCGGCACGAGUUCCAGCACAUUCUGGACCAGCUAAAUCCGGCCAUGGAGGAUAACUCGACCUCGAUGCGGCCGGACGGUGACGUGGAGCUUUCGAUGGAGUACGUGCAGGGGUUCAAAAUACCACCCUGUCCGCAAUGUGGCGGAAAUCUGAAGCCGGAAAUUGUGUUCUUCGGUGAUAACGUACCGAUGCCGCGGAUCGAGAAAGUGGUACGAAUGAUCAUCGAGUCGGACGGUGUGCUCGUGCUCGGCUCUAGCUUGACCGUCUUCUCGGGCUAUCGGAUAAUACUGCAGGCGAAGGAACUCGGGCUGCCAGUUGCUAUCGUGAACAUAGGUGCAACGCGCGGUGACCCGAAAGCAGAUCUUAAAAUUUCGGCCCGUUGCGGCGAAGUAAUGGCAAACCUGUUCAAGCCUGCCAGAUAAGGUUGAAAAGAAGAGUUGUUUGGCGGACUUGACGCGAGAAAAAUAGAAAACUGUUGUACAUAAGGAAGAGUCUUGGUCUAGCUGCAGCCGUAAUUUAAAAGUUGUACCUAAACCCGUUUGUUACCUCAUAUUAUUUUAAUAAAUUGUUUUAAACACUCGA